AACAGCGAGCAACAGUUUUCACGAGGUUUGUCCCCUGAAAUACUUUGGUAUUCGCUUGAGCACGGCACUCUCACUCCAAAGGCUGCAUCUCUGACAGGCCGUGACUUGUCCGACAUGCGUGUAGAAACGUAGCUUGCGUCGUGCGCGUUUCGUCUGUGGACAAAAAAAGUGCUCGGUAGCUAGGUUAGCUCGUUAGCGUUAGCAUCACAUUCCAGUCAUGUUUACGGUGCAGCUACACCAGAGUGUGAGUUUAGCCAUUGAACACCGCUGACGGAUAAACGCAGCCGACACGUGACAUCAUGCUGGAGUAUAAUAAACCAUUCGAACUAACUCAUUGUGUGAGCAAACUACCUAGUUGGCUCUCACGGGAGCAUGCGAGGAGGACCCUGUGAUGCCGGAGAUAUUAUAGAGGCUUGCAGUUCUUCCACUGCUGCCACUGGUGCAAAAGCAGCAAGUAACACGUGAAUGUCUGGUUUGCCUGAUGGAUCUUUGUCACUUUGACCUUUCUGUGACCCCAAGAAAAAUAAAUCACCUUUGUCUGCACCAGGAACAUGGAGAAGAUGUCACGGGUUACCACAGCUCUCAGCAGCAAUGCCAUCAGUGGCCGAACGAUGUUCUGCCACCUGGAUGCUCCUGCCAACGCCAUCAGCGUUUGCCGUGACGCAACGCAGGUGGUGGUGGCCGGCCGCAACAUCUUCAAGAUCUAUGCUCUGGAGGAGGAGCAGUUUGUGGAGAAGUUGAAUCUCCGUGUCGGUCGAAAACCCUCGCUCAACUUCAGCUGUGCAGAUGUUAUGUGGCACCAGAUGGAGGAGAACCUGCUGGCCACAGCUGCCACCAACGGAGCGGUGGUCACCUGGAACCUGGGGAAGCCCUCUCGUAACAAGCAGGAGCAGCUGUUUACUGAGCACAAACGCACAGUCAACAAGGUGUGCUUCCAUCCCACAGAAGUGUACAUGCUGCUCAGUGGCUCGCAGGAUGGCUUCAUGAAGUGCUUCGACCUGCGCAAGAAAGAGUCUGUCAGCACUUUCUCAGGUCAGUCAGAAAGUGUAAGGGACGUCCAGUUCAGCAUGAAGGACUAUUUCACAUUUGCUGCAUCCUUUGAGAAUGGCAACGUCCAGCUGUGGGACAUCAGACGACCAGACCGCUAUGAGCGAAUGUUCACUGCCCACACUGGACCGGUGUUCUGCUGCGACUGGCACCCUGAUGACAGGGGAUGGCUGGCCACCGGAGGCAGAGACAAGAUGGUGAAGGUUUGGGACAUGACCACUAACCGGGCUAAGGAGAUCUACUGUGUCCAGACGAUUGCCUCAGUGGCGCGGGUAAAGUGGCGGCCUGAGAGAAAGUACCAUCUGGCCACCUGUUCCAUGAUGGUGGACCACAACAUCUAUGUGUGGGACAUUCGCAGACCUUUCAUUCCCUUUGCCACCUUUGAGGAACACAAAGAUGUGACCACUGGCAUUGUUUGGCGCCACCAGCAUGACCCUCAUUUUCUGCUUUCGGGCUCAAAGGACAGUACGCUCUACCAGCAUAUGUUCAAGGACGCCACUCGUCCAGUGGACAAGGCCAACCCUGAGGGUCUGUGCUUUGGACUGUUCGGUGACUUGGCUUUCGCAGCCAAGGAGAGUCUGAUCAGCAGCGACAUCAGCAGGAAGCCUUACCCUGGAGGAGACCGACGCUACCCUAUCUUUUUCUUCAAGAAGCCCGACCCGACAGAACAGUUUGCUCAUGUGUCCAGUGCCCUUAGCGUCUUUGAGACAGACUUGGACAGUAACCGCAUGGACUGGUUUGUCAAGACGGCACAACUCUACCUCCUCAGUGGGAAGCCAUUUGCUGAGCUGUGUGAUCACAAUGCCAAGGUGGCCAAGGAGCUCAAAAGACCUCAGGUUUCCACAACAUGGACCAUGCUGAGAAUCAUGUUCUCUGACCCAGCAAACCUCACAGCGCCUGGCACAAACCACAAUCUCAGUAAACUGGGUACCUUGCCUUUAAUGAACAGUUUCAAUAUGAAGGAAAUGGGCACGGGGAUGGGCACCGAGAGCAGACUGGAGCGAAGUAAAGGUGAGAGCAGGCAGGACAACAUCCACCUGGAGCCUGGGAACCUGCACAUCAGCAAUAAUAAUGAAGGUGAGAGAGAGAAUGAGGAGACAGAGGGCAGCGAGGGCCAGGCUGAGUACAUGUUUGGUGAUGCUGAGUUAGACGAUGAUGACCUCUACUCUAUGGAACAUGAUAACCAAACAGAAGAGCAGGAGUACACGCUGCCCCAGGAGGCCUUCCAGCUGCGGCACGAGAUCGUGGAUAACCCUUCUGCUCCCGAGCACCUUCAACAGGACAAAGCUGACUCCCCGCAUGUCAGUGGCAACGAGGCAGAGGUCACGUGUCUCACGCCCAUCGAGUCCUUUUCCCUCAUCUCCAUUUCCCAGCCACUGUUCAGCCCACAUCUACCUGCCAGCUUCUUCUGCCCCAUUGUGCGAGAGAUGCUGAGCUACUACGCUGAGCAGGGCGACGUGCAGAUGGCCAUAUCAGUGCUUAUUGUCUUGGGGGACCGGAUCCGUAAAGAGAUUGAUGACCUCACCCAGGAGCACUGGUACAUGUCCUACAUAGACCUGCUGCAGCGGUUUGAGCUGUGGAACGUCUCGAACGAGGUCAUCAAGCUGAGUACGUGCAGCGCCAUCACCUGCCUGAACCAGACGUCUACAACUCUGCACAUCAACUGCAGCAACUGCAAACGGCCAAUGAGCAACAAGGGCUGGAUCUGCGACAGGUGCCACCAGUGUGCCAGUGUCUGUGCCGUGUGCCACCACGUGGUGAAGGGACUGUUUGUGUGGUGUCAGGGCUGCAGCCACGGUGGACAUUUGGAGCACAUAAUGAACUGGCUGAAAAGCAGCCCUCACUGCCCCGCUGGCUGUGGCCACCUGUGUGAGUACACCUGAGCACCCGUCGCAGCCACUGUUCAUGCAGUUCGUCCUCUGUGGAAGUGGGAGUCUGUCCUCUCUCAGGCCUGUAUCAUCACACUCAACAUCGGUAGACUGAGAUGUCUUCACCCCCUUCUGCGGGAGCCUUUGCUGAUUUGUCACUGUGGAGGAUCUUUUUUUGUUGUUGUUGUUUUUGUAAAUGAACAGAUGUUACGAUAGAUAUAAAAAUAAUUUAACAAUAUAUUUCUUGAAUUCACGUGCUGCUUUUUACGUUGUUUUUAUACCCCUCAGUAAAACAUUUAAGGCUGUACAGCAAAAAUCAUUUGUCUCAUCUUUAAGUGGACUGUUAAUGUUUGUACAUAAAAAAUGAAAUGCAAAUACUAAAUAAUAAAUUAAUUUAUAAGGAAUGGCACUCUAUUCCACAAAUACAUUAAAGCAAUAACAACCAAAUGGA